AUGGCUAGAAAGAAGUCUGCUACCAAGAAGGCCAAGGAGGCUGAGCUUAAGAAUGCCACACCUGUAGAAAGAGAAGAAGCCGCUGCUGUGGUUGCCGAAAAGAAGAAGAAGGUCAAGGCUGUUACUCCAGAAGAAUCCUCAUCUUCUGAUGAUGAUGAAUCAUCCGAAGAUGAAGAUGAAUAUGGAGAAUUGAUCACUGAAAGUGUUGAGCAAGGGAUCAACAAGGUCUUGGAUGCCAUUAAGACCGACCCAAGUAAAUUAUUGGACCCCAACGUAAAGUUUUUCGAAGAAGAACAAGAAGAUGACAAGGCCAAAUUAUCAAAGAAAACUGAUAAACCAAUUUAUUUGAAAGAUUAUCAUAGAAUGAAUUUACUCUCUGGAGGGUUCAAAGAAGAAGAUGAAGAAGAAGAAGGGAAUGAAUUUGGUACUGUUGAUGGAGAAAAGCCAUUUGUAGUGACUGAAAGAGAAGAGAGAAACAAAUUGCUUGAAGACAUUAAGGGAGCAUUUGAAACUGGUGAAGGAUCAGAUGAUGAUGGAUCAGAUGAUGAUUUCUUAAAGAAGAAGGAAUCAAAGCCACAAAGUAGAAGAGAAAUCAUUGAUGAGACAAGUUUACCGGAUCCAAACAAAGAUCUGUCUGAAUUCUUACUGGCAUUUGUAGAUAAACAAGCAUGGAUCCCCAAGGCUAAUGAUAAGGUUAUAAAUUUGGAUAGAAUUGAUGACGAUGCAGAGGAAGAAUUUGAUGAUGCAGUGGAAAAAUUUGAACAUGCAUACAAUUUCCGUUAUGAAGAUGCAAAUUCCGCUGAAAUUGUUUCAUAUGCUCGUAAUCAAGCAACUUUAAGAAGAUCUGCCACCAACUCUCGUAAGAGACAAAGAGAAAGAGAUCAUGAGGAAAGAGAAAAAGAAGAAAAGGAAAAACAAGAACUUUUGAAGAAAAAGAAGACUUCCAAGGUGAAUGAAGUUGCUGAUAGAUUGAGUAAGAUUAAAGAGGCAGUAGGAGGAGAAGUUUCUGAUGAAGUGAUUCAAAAAGUAUUUGGAGAUUCAUUGUUGAAUGAUGAUUUUGAUGAUGAAGAUUGGGAUAAUAAGAUGGCCCAAAUUUUCGAUGAACAAUAUUAUGGAGAAGAACAGGGUAAACCUGAAUUUAGUGAUGAUGAACAAAAGCCUGAAUGGAGUGAUGAUGACAAGGAAGUCAGUGAAGAUGACAAGGAGGAAGAAUCCGUCACACCCGUUGUUUCUAGUAAAAAGGAAAAACUUCAAAAAAAGAAGAAUGCCAAGAAAAGUAAAGAAUCUAUCAAGGAAAAGGCACAAGAAAUUGUAGAGGCAAACACAUUGAAACUUUUGAGUGAAGUUGUUGAAGAAAGAGGACGUUCCAAGAAGAAGGAUAAUGAUGAAUUGAAAUUCAAAUACAGAGAAGUUUCCCCAGAGACCUUUGGUUUGAGUACCAGAGAUAUCAUUAUGGCUGACGAUAAGCAAUUGAACAAUUACAUUGGAUUGAAGAAGUUUGCUCCAUACCGUGCUAAGGAGUUGAGAAUGAAGGAUAAGAGAAAGUACACCAAGAAGAAGCACUUGAAGGAUUGGCAAAAGGAAACUUUCAGAGGUAUGCCCAAGGCCCCUGAAGAUGACGGUGAUGAAAAUAAUAUUUGGAUUCCAAUUGAAGGUGGUGCUGUUGAAGAAGUCAAGGACAAGAAACAUAAGAAGGAUAAGAAGAAGAAGUCCAAGGGUAGAAAAUAA